AACUGUUUUAUAUAAUUGAAGAAACUAAGAUAAUAUUGGGUAUUUUAAUAAUAUUUUUUCCAAAUGUCCAACAUAACAUAACACAUGUUAUGUUGCGUUGCAAAUGCCGUCAGAUAUUACGUAUUUUCUGGGAAACAUUACAAAAUUUCCUAGAUGAUUCGCGAAUCGGCUCGUAUUUAUAUCCCAACUAUUUUAGACGAUUUAAUUUUAACUUGUUUAAAUCGCGCCCUCUCUGUUGUCUGUUUAUAUCCGCAGAGGAAAAGAGAGAGAAAAUAAAGAGAGAAACGAGAGAAAAAAGAGGAAAAAAAGAGGAAAAUCUUAUUUGUGUAACGUGCGUUGGAAUUAUCCUUAUCGAAAGCGUGUUAUCGAUUACAAGAAUCAUCUUCUAAAUUUAGGUUUCAUCGUGAUUUGUAUCUUUUUUAAAUCCUACUCGUCCGGGAAUUGAAUCGAUUGAUAUCGUUGGAUACGCGCCCCGCAAACGAUCUCGAGGCGUGUUUAAAUCGUGCUUCGAUUUGACGGUUCUCAUCCCUCCCGCUCGUACGAUACACCAUUUCCUAAUCUCAUUGAAAGCGUGACGAUUGAACGAUUUACGCCGGACGGCAGAUAGCGCGGAGACGCGGUCGCGCGCGAUAUUUCCGAAAUAGAGUCGGGACGACGGCGAUGGUCGCCGGUUGAGCGAACGGCACGAAGUGAGGCGCGAGGCGCACGGCAUUUCCAACCCUCGUGUGUGCGAGCCGGGCGUGUGUCGCGCGCCUGACUUCAGGCGCAACGGCGCGCGCCAGCGGGCGCUGCGACUCGCGGGAAUUCGCGACUCGCGCUGACGACUUCCGGUCCUGACGGUGUCCGAGAAAUACGCGCGACUUUUACAUCGAUCCUCAUCGGCAGUUGAUGCGGUUGGUGCAGCGGGGCAAGCGGCGGGGGCGAUCCCGACCUUGACAUGGAGGGCCACGAUAUCCAAGAGCUGGUGGCCGCCAAGGACAGCGUGAUCGUCAGGGGUGGACAUCCGCCGUUGUGUUCUUCCUCAAACGGUGAUGCAGAUAUGGGCAUGGGUGCUGGAGUAGCGGGUCCCGUCCUGGCUCUUCCUGGUCCAGGAGUCAACGCCGCCCUCUCGCAGACAUGCGCCAUAUGCAGUGAUCGUGCCACGGGAAAGCAUUACGGCGCUGCGUCUUGCGAUGGUUGCAAAGGUUUCUUCCGCCGAUCUGUUAGAAAAAAUCAUCAGUACACAUGCAGAUUUCAAAGGAAAUGCCCGAUCGAUAGGGAUAAGCGAAAUCAGUGCAGGUAUUGCCGAUUACGAAAAUGCUUCAGAGCCGGUAUGAAGAAAGAGGCCGUGCAAAAUGAGAGGGAUCGGAUAAGUUGUCGACGACCUAGCAACGAGGAUUCGCCUGAUAAAAAUAAAGGCCCAUCGAAGGAGGACGUGGUAAAAGCGGAUGCACGGGCCGAAAUGCUCAGCAAACAAGUUGGCGGGUUAGAGCUUCAGCAGCCAGACAGUCCAAUCGAGAUUGAUCUCAGCACGAAACGGAUAGCUGGGAUAAACGACGUGUGCGAGAGCAUGAAGGAGCAAUUGCUGAUCCUGAUCGAGUGGGCCAAGUGUUUCGACGAGUUCAAGGCACUGUCGCUGGACGACCAGGUCGCGUUGCUGAGGGCUCACGCGGGCGAACACCUGUUGCUGGGAGUGGCGAGACGCAGUAGGAACUUCACGGAUGUCUUACUACUCGGCAACGAUUGUAUCAUCAUGAGGAACUGUCCUGUAAUAUCAUUGCAAUUCGUAGAGGGAAGCAACCAGCAGGAUCUGGACAUCAGCAAGGUGGGCAUCAGGGUGAUGGACGAGUUGGUAAAACCGUUUCAGAAGAUCAAGAUCGACGACACGGAGUUCGCUUUUCUCAAAGCCAUCGUGUUCUUUGAUCCGAACGCGAAAGGAUUGAGCGAUCAGAAGACGGUCCGAGAGCUACGUCACAACAUCCAGAUAAAGCUUGAGAAUCACAUCAGCGAUUAUCGUUGCGAUCUGCCAGGACAUUUUGGCGAUAUCCUGCUUAUGCUUCCGGCUCUACAGUCGAUCUCGUGGCAGAUGGUCGAGCAGAUCCAAUUCGUCAGGCUGUUCGGAGUGGCGCACAUCGAUAAUCUGCUUCAAGAGAUAUUCCUGGGCGGCACGACGUCGGAAAUGAACGGCACCGCCACGUCCUUACCAAUCUCGAAUACUGCCCCGGGUAGUUACAUGAGCAGCAACGAGAGCCCCAGCAGCCCCUUGACGCCAGCCAACACCGGCAACCUAAGUCCACAAAACGAUCAGAUGCCCGUCAUGAUUCUGAGGGAUCUUACGCCAAAUCAAGAGGACUUCAGAUUCUUCAAACAGGAGCCCAGCCUUGAGCCCGAGACCAGUUUCUGACUAACUUCGGGAGCUGAGCUCACCGCUGUAUAACUAAUGAUGUUCUGCUCAAACAGUUGCUCAAUUAAUAAAAUUCUACGCAGCGUGUAUUAUGUUAGUCGUAGCGUCGAAUCAAAUGUGAUCGUUGAUGUUGUUCCGUGAAAUAAAGGACGAGAAUGAGAAAAAGAGACAAAAGAUUAGCAUGUGUCGCAACAGAAAGAUUAACGUGUUAAGUUAGCGUGAAGGUAUCCGGGCUUAUAUGAUUAUAAGUUUAAUGACGCGGCAUGUUUCCUAGUUGCAAUCCAAGAUAGCCAAGGCCCGCACCUGUAAAUAACGAUUGAUCGCUGACCAAGAUAAAUGUGAUAAGCAAUAAAAUCGUAUCUUGCCACUACUUGCUACUAUCAUUGUUGCGACAAUAUUCAGAUCAUUUCCGAAACCGGGCUAGGACUAGGAGGAGAGUUGCACGUAAUACAACAGUGCAAUUGACAAUAAUAAUAAUUAGUGACUAACUUAGAGCAAAGAUUUAAAAAAAUAGAUUCAAUCUCGGUGAGUUUGAUUUCCUAUAGGUGCAUGAAAAAUGAUUCUUAGCUUUCACAGUCAUAGUCAGUCACAGCAGACUGUAGCAUUUCUAUUGUGCGUGACUAACAUUAAUAACGAUUGAGACUUUCCACAUUUUAUAAAGUCGGAAUUCGAAAUUCAGCGAUAUAAUGUGGGUUUUAAAUCCUGAUUUAGAGAGUAAAAAAUAAGAUCAUAAUCGACUAUUAAAUUUUUGUACAUACAGAAGUAUGUUUGCAAGUCGAAUUGAGUAAGCAGAAACGUUAUGUCAAACGUAAUAUAAGAAAUAUUUUCUCUAUUAUUCUGCUUACAUAGACACACAGUUCGCGAAUUGAUCGGAUACAUAGCGUUAUUGUAGUAGUGUAAAUAGCAUGUUGUAAUAAUAUGUAUAACAUUCCAAAUAUAGUUGUUAUUAAGCGUUAAACAUUAUAGAUAAUCUUAAAAUAGUUAUCGGGACACGUGCACUAACGUCAUCGAGUGCGGGUUCCCUGGAAAAUGAAAAGUGCGCCAUUGCAAUGCAAUUUACUAUUAAUAGCAUAGUGAUGAAGGGUGCACACGCGUUGGCCAUUUUGCGCGUGCGAAUGUCGAACGGUAAGCCAGUCCAUUAUAGCUGUGCUUAAUCACAAAUGGCUAGUGCAUCUUAUCGAAAUAUUAAUUAAAUUUUAGUGAGAUGUCAAAAUACUGACAUUAUGGCCGGAUAGAAAGCAAUAGCAUAAUAAUCAGAUAACAAGUUAACGAUAAAGAAGUGUAAUGAGUACGAAGUAUGACGUAGUACAUAAAUCAAUAAACACGCACAUCGAUC